AUCUUUCUUCAGCCCAUGCCGUUUUCCGUUUCUCCGAAAAUUAAGUUUGUACCUCCGAUCCAUCCUUGUUUUCUGAAGGAUUCUUUCAAGUAUGAGCAUAACUUUGGCUGUUUUGGCUGUUUUGGCUGGUCUCGACUUGACAUGUGAUUGUCCGACUCAUCCCAUCCGGGACUGGCUUCCACCUCCCGUUGGUCUUGGACACUUUCUCCGGACUCUCCAAGCUGCAAUCAACUUGCUCGACGGACAGCAGAACCAUAGCAGAACCACAGCAGAACCACAUGCCAUGAAUGGCCUCAGGUGUCAUCACCGUCACCCCCGUCACCUCCCGUCACCUCCCGUCACCUCCAUCUCGAAGCGGAUACUCCUCCCCAGAUGUGCCAUGGUGAUUGGCAUGUUGCAGCCAUGCAUAAUCGGCUAUAAUUCUCCCCCGCUCGACCUGUUAUGCUCGGACAAGGUUUCCUGACGCCUCUAACGUAGGUGGUACCUUGAACUUAUUUUCCGACAGGGUAGGCAGCUCUUUGGCCGCUCGCGUUCCUUCCUCGACUCCGCGUGCCCUGUACCGACCAGAUCUGCGUUCUAUGUACAGUUCCGCACCGCACCGCACCACACAUCACACCACACUACACCGCAUCAACAACACCACCACCACCAAUAGUCUCAUUCGGGGCAUGAUGAGUGAAUUCGG